UCCCCGCAUACUCGAUUCGCUUUUCCAUAACCCUAAAGCUAACCAAAAGAAAAAAUGGAAGUUCCCAGGGAAUAUAUUCUCCGAUUCUUCUUCAAUGCCAAAGCUGAAUUCGAGGAAAAGGAAAAUCAAAUCAAUCCUACCAGAGCUGAGGAUCCUUUUAUUCGCUGGAUCUACCAAGAUUCUUCUUUUCCCAUGGUUGAUUUAGGGUUUUCUCUUUUCCUCCCGUUUUCCUCUCCGCUUCUCGUAGCUCUGAAGCCAUAAUGGAGUUGCUGCGCUUCUUCUUCUGGUGGUUUUUGCUGCUUUCCGCGGCGGUGAUGGCGGCGGAGCAUCCAAUCAGUCGUAUCGCCUUUGGAUCAUGCUCCAACCAAAGCGCUCCACAGCCAAUAUGGGAUGCGAUACAGAAGUUUGAUCCACAACUGUUCAUUUGGUUGGGUGACAACAUCUAUGGAGAUACCAAACAACCCUUUAAGGUUUUCGGGAAAGAGAGAACCAUCGGGCCAUGGAAGAACGCCCCGAGGUUUGUGCCUUCUUCAGAGGAAGAGAUGACAUCUCAUUAUACCAAAGCUAAGGCGAAUCCCGGGUAUUCUCGUAUCCGGAAAAACGCCAAGGUUAUUGGGACUUGGGAUGAUCAUGACUAUGGAUUAAAUGAUGCGGGGAAGGAGUUCGAUCAUAAAGUGACUAACCAAAGACUCAUGCUCGAUUUCUUGGAUGAGCCUCUUGAUAGCCCACGGAGAAAGCAGGCUGGGGUUUAUGCAUCAUAUUCUUUCGGUCCGGCUAGCAAGAGAAUUAAGGUUAUACUAUUGGAUACUAGAUAUCACAGAGACCCUUUGCAAAGUGAUGGAACUAUCUUGGGGGACGCCCAGUGGACAUGGCUUGAAAGAGAAUUGAGAGGUCCACUUAGCGAGAUCACCGUUAUAGGAUCUUCUGUUCAGGUGAUAUCAAAUCUUUCUGCCACCACUGGUCCAUUAUUUUACAUGGAAUCUUGGGGCCGUUUUCCGAAGGAAAGACAACGCCUUUUCCAAUUGAUAGCAGAUUCUAAGAGAAGCGGAAUCAUAUUCAUUAGUGGAGACGUUCAUUUUGGAGAAAUCACGAGAUAUGACUGCGGUGUCGGGUACCCGUUACACGAAGUCACCUCCAGUGGUCUCGUACAAUCUGUGGAGAGUGUUCUCCCACCUCCUUUGCAUUUUUUCGUCAGGUUCCUUUCAUGGUAUAUUCCAAGCACGAUGAGAGUUGUUAACCAGAACUGCAAAUUCAAAUCAUGCACAUAUGGACAACAAAAUUUUGGAGCAAUAUCAAUAGAUUGGAAUGCCAAUCCAGUUACCAUCAAUCUCGAGAUCAGAGACGUUAGUGGAUUCACGGUUUUACACACAAACAUUUCGCUAUCCGAACUCCAACCAGGGGGCUCGGACUCUCCCUUGGCUCCGACGAAGAAGGAAGAGUAUCAAAGACAUUGCACCCUCGAAGUCGAUUUACCAGCAACAAAGAGAUACCGAUUGGCAGUUCUCGUCUACUUCUCCAUCACGGUUUUGAUUAUGGUGUUGGUGGGAGUAGCCAUUGGAGCUAUGCUAAGGAUCAGAGCAUGCGUUCACAAGUGCAAAGUCGAUUGAGGAGUUGGUUUUCCGGUUAACCAAUUGAUAACCGGUUUACAAACUCUCCCCGGUUUUGGUUCACGUGAUAUCUGCUUCAUUGAAAGGUUUUUCUGCCCAAGAAAACUAUAGAGUAUACCUUUUUUAACAAUUCAAUAUAUUCUUAAAGUAUGAUUGAUUGCUACAACUCAUUAGGGCAUUUUUCAAAAUUUC